AUGGUUCCUGGACAAGGAAUGGGACUCAUGGUGAAUGUGAACGGUGGAGCGGCUCUCAAGGCAGGAACUGGCUUUGAAGAAGACAAGAAUUUCCAUGUUGUUUUGAACUCUGUUAUUGCUGGGCGAUAUCAUGUUACCGAGUAUCUCGGGUCAGCUGCCUUCAGCAAAGCUAUUCAGGCACAUGACUUGCACACCGGAAUGGAUGUAUGUGUGAAAAUCAUAAAGAACAAUAAAGAUUUUUUUGAUCAAAGCCUUGAUGAAAUCAAGUUUUUGAAAUAUGUCAACAGGCAUGAUCCGGCGGACAAGUAUCACAUUCUGUGCUUGUAUGAUUACUUCUACUCUCGGGAACACUUGCUGAUAGUUUGUGAGCUUCUCAAGGCAAACUUAUAUGAAUUUCACAAGUUCAAUAGAGAAUCUGGAGGGGAGGUUUACUUCACCGUGCUGAGGUUGCAGUCAAUAACUAUUCAAUGUCUGGAGGUACUUCAGUUUUUGCACAGCCUUGGUCUUAUUCAUUGUGAUUUGAAUCCUGAAAAUAUAUUGGUGAAAAGCUACAGCAGGUGUGAAGUCAAAGUCAUUGACCUUGGGAGUAGUUGCUUUGAGACCGACCAUUUAUGUUCGUACGUACAGUCACGAUCGUACCGCGCAACUGAGAUUAUAUUGGGUCUUUCUUAUGAUAAAAAGAUUGAUAUUUGGUCACUCGGAUGCAUCCUUGCUGAACUUUGUACCGGAAAUGGCGCGAUGCCCUUGCCGCGGUCCUCCCUCGGCAGCCCUGUAUCUACCACUGGAAAUGGAGUGGGGUGA